AUGGUCUCGGUCCUGCCGCUCGAGGCCUGGUGUCUAGUCAACGAACUCCCACUCGAAGACGCGGAUGGUAUCAGAGCUCUCUCCGUGCACGAUGAACUACGCGCGUUUAUCACCGUCCGGGCAAAGGAACAUCUCAAAGAUGCAACAGAAGAGCACCUGAGAUAUGCAAGGAUUCUCCAUUUCCUCCACAACACUCUCGCACUCGUCAACUAUCGUCUCCCCGCAGAGAUCCUCUCUAUGAUCAUCGCUUACUCCUGGACGAAAGGCCGCGAAGCGACACUCGUAUGCCGCAGAUGGCGUUCUGUAUCCCUCACCACGUCACUCUUCUGGACCCAGGCGCUCCAGGAGGCACAUUCAACAUACGGAGAUCUACAGGUCAAAAAUCUCAAGAUCCUCAUAGAUCGGUCGUGCCGCCGCGGCCUAGAAGCCUCUGUCACCGACCUUUCUCCACAGAUCCACCCUCACAUUAUGGCAUCUGGCGCCCGAUUCACCGCCUUUUCGUUCCGGAUAAACAAUUCCGAGGAGUUGUCUACGUUCCACGACCUCGUCGCGGCGCGCUCUCUCCCCAACCUCAUCGGCCUCUCGGUUCUGAUGGGGAAUUCCCAAAGCAGCACUGAUAUAUGGCUGCCCACAUACGAAGCCACCCACCUCCUUUCCCCCUUUGAUGUCUACCCAAUGCCCCGGCUCCAUAAGCUUGUCGCUCCGCUGUGGUAUUUUCCACUCUUGGUCACCGGUACUCUCCGCAUCCUUGAGCUCUUGGGUCCCUUCCUUGUGAUGUACACAAUGGACCACAUCCGCAUCGCGCUGCGCAAUUGUCCGCACAUUGUCGAUCUCAGUCUCAUCUGCCUACCAGAACACGGGCUCUUGGCCGACCUUCCUCCCGACGAAACAAUCACCCAGCGCUCCCGGCGCCCCAUUCAUUUCACAUUGCUCAGCACUCUCAGACUUCAAUUUCUAGGCGAAGUCAGCAUACAAGCCACCAUGUCCAUACUCUCUUUCCCCACCUCCGCCUUCGUCGACGUCCUGGAUUAUUUCCAUCCGACUGUUCUACAUCUCCUGGACGGAAAUCCCGCCUGGGCGAAACACGCCUUCUCUCGCAUCACCUCUCUCGUCGCCGAGGACGUAGGCGGGGACAGAGGUCUCACCUCGCUACUCGCGUCAGCCCACGACGAACCCGUCUUCCGCCUCAUCUCCCGCCUCGCCCUCGAUCGGCCAACGUUCCUCAUCGCGUUCCAACAAGCGCCGAUCACUAGCCUCCGCCUCAGCAGCAUGUUCCAGGCACCCGUCGGCGAACAGCGCUGGCACUUCGCGACCAUCCUCCGCGCGUUCCCCCAGCUCCGCGCGCUCGAGCUGUACGGCCCCAUCGCGGACGUCUUCACGUUGUUUACCGACCACAGUAAGGGUCUCAUGGACGAGUCCUGUCGUACGCCGGGGGAGGAGCCGCGGAUCGUCUGCCCGCGCCUGGCGCAUCUCAAGCUCACGAUCCUCGUCGACCAGGCGUGUCGCCUGCGCGUGCCGCUCGUCGACGGGCACCUCGACGCGGCCGCGGCGCACGUCCGCGACGGGUACUUCAAGCCGCUCGCGUACAUCCUCGCGUGCCGGACCAGACUGGGCGCCGCGCGGCUCAAGUCCCUGCAGGUCACCCUCGAGUGGGCGGCGGAGAGGGCGUCGGACGGCGUGGUGGAGCUCGAUGGGGGCGCGUGCGAGGUGCCGGCGGACCUGCGCGGCUGCGUCGACGGACCGGUGGUUGUGGAGGCGACCGGACGGCUUCGGUUCAAGUGA